CUAGUUACGUUGCGUAUAAUUCGACCGCUUGUUCGGUCUUUUUGAAUGCUUUGAUUCUGUGUUUCUAUUGUUUUAUAUGUAUAGCAUUGUGUUCUGCAUUUUGGAUAUAUUGCUAAUUAUGGGUAGAUGAUUGGGUUUUUUUUUUUCUUAUUGGGGUUCUUUUAAUAUUUUGGCCUUAGUUUAGGGGUUUUCUCGUAAUUUACCCAAAAUAAUAAUUAAUGAAAUAGUUUAUUAAAGGUUGAGAGAUUAACCACCCAUUUUAUGAAACCAAAUGUAAUAUUUUGUGAAAAUUACCUUUUGCUCGAGUAUGAAUCGAGUUUGAGUAACUUUAAGUUUCUAUAUAUCUUAUCAUUCUUUUUUUCUUCGAAUAAAGCUCGAGUUAGAUUCGAACUUCAUAUCUUAUCGAAUGGAAAUAUAUUUUCAUACUUGAUUCAUUGUGUUACUUUAUUUUAUAAGAAGAAAAAUACCCUUCAACUAUUUUGUUAUCGAGUUAUGUGAAAAAUAUUUUUUUUACGAAGAUUUCUACCAAAUAUUUUCAUCUAUUGCAAUAAAAGAAAAAAAUUAAAAAAAUCAUUAAAAAAUGAAGUUGCCUUUAUUAAGUUUUAAAAAAUUCAAUUGAAGUUCCAUUGUAAAUGAUUUAUUUCGUCUUGAGGGUACAAAAUGGUAUUAAUUUUUUUCGAGGAUGCAAAAUGCCAUAAUAAUACAUUUCCAGGGUGCAAAGAGAAAUUAAGCCAAAAUAAUACUUCGAUUUUGCAUUUUUCACCCUAUAAAAUACUACUAUUCAAUUAGUGGAACCUUCGCUUGCACCUUUUCCUCGUCUCAAAUUAAGCAAAAUCCCCAAAUUAUCGCCGGCCGGCGGGUUUAAAUGGCGGCUCCGGCAGCAACGCAUAGCGCCCACCACCUCCUCCAAUUAGUCCUCUCCUGCAGAAAAAUCACCGCGCAGGUCACGUGCGCAAGCACCCACUCAAUCAUAGCCAUGGCGUCGUCCGCCGAAGAAGAAUUCGCCAGAGAGUACAAAGCGAAGCUCAACCGCUUCCCCCGGUCCAAAACCUUCUGGGACUCCAAAACCGCUUCCAGAAUCGGCGAUAAAAUCGCCAUCCGCCUCGCGGAAAUCGGCGUCGCCGCCGUUCGAAUUGACGUCGGAGAAGAGAUGUCGAGGGCAGUCCAUUAUCGGAAGAUGCUGGGUCCAUUUUUCUCAUCUGUUAAGCGGACAGGAAUCCAGGUUUACGGCGCCGAAGAUCUCAUUUUUCUAGGUUGAGAAUCAAUUUUUUUGCCGCUGGCUCCCAAUUUUUGAGACAGAUGAACGGGGCUAAGUUAAUUCCCCAUGGAUUCGAGUAUCGAGUGAAGGCGUGUUUCUGCCGAUUUUUUAUGGCUAAAAGGAGUGGUGGGAUUUCACCAAAUCAUGCUCACAGAGCAAAAGUAGCAACUCCUUUGGCUCAACCAGGACAAAACAUAUAUACAAUGUGUAAUUGAUUUUGCAAAGUAGUAGUUGUCACUUGAUUAAUUAGGAUUAACAAUUUUAUUUUGUCUCGUAUUUGGGAUUGUACAAUAUACAAGGUAUUUUGUAGUAUUUAUAAUUUAUUGUUUCAGGAUAAAAA